AUGUCAGGAGGUGUCGAUUCUAGUGUUGCAGCAGCUUUGUUAAAAAAUAAAGGAUUGGAUGUUGUUGGCAUUUUCAUUCGAAAUUGGACGCAGGAUGGUGAUUUUUGUUCUUCUCAAAAAGAUUUUUUAGAUGUUCAAAAAGUUUCAAGAGUAUUAUCAAUGCCAGAACCUUAUUAUGUUGACUUUUCUCGAGAUUAUUGGAAUUUUGUUUUUCAGCCAGCUCUUGAUUCAUAUAAAAAUGGAUAUACUCCAAAUCCUGAUGUGGAUUGUAAUAGUUAUAUUAAAUUUGGCUCUUUAUUUAGAAAAGUUCAACAAAUAGUUCAAGAGAAGUAUCCAUAUUGUAAUAGAUGGUGGAUUGCAACUGGGCAUUAUGCUACAGUUAAAACACAUAUUCCAACGUCUUCAUCACAUUUAUUGCGUUCGAAAGAUAUGAAUAAAGAUCAAUGUUUGUAUUUAUCAAAAAUUUCUCAAAGUUCUCUUCGUCGAACUCUUUUUCCUUUAUCUAAUUUUACAAAGCAUGAAGUUCGUAGAAUUGCAAAAAAUUUUUUAUUGCCAACAGCAAAUAAAAAAGAAUCACAAGGACUUUGUUUUGUAUCUCCAAAUACGGGUAGACAUUUUGCAAAUUUUUUAACUAACUAUCUUAGCCCUCAGCAGCUAACAUAUAUUGAUAUUUCUACUGGAAAUGUUAUUUCUAUUUCUUCAGAUAAAGGUAUAUGGAGUACUACUAUUGGUGAAUCAUCAAGAAUUUCAGUAUCACAAACAAAAAAUAAGAUUAAUAGAAAAUGGUUUGUUGCUAAUAAAGAUGCAUCAAAAGGUAUUGUGUAUUUGUGUGAAGGGUGGGAUAAUCCUGCAUUAAUGAAAAAUGUUAUAUAUUGUAAAUCAUGGCAUUGGAUAGAUUCAUCUUUAGAAGAGUACGGUGAAUUUAUCGGACAAAUAAGACAUAGGCAAGAACCUCAAAGGUGUUAUGUGAGCAAGUAUAAAGAUAAUAUGAUAAAAAUAGAGUUCGAAAAAAUGCAACGAGGAAUCGCCCCUGGACAAAAUGUAGCAAUUUGGAAAGAAAAAGUGUGUUUAGGUGGAGGAGUUAUACAUCAAACAGAAUAA